AGCUCGCCGGGCCGGCCCCUCCGUGGGGCCGCGCAGGGACGCACGCGGGUGGACGCGGGGACCGAGCCCGGGCGCCCAUGGCCGGGGCCGCCAUGGCCGAGCGGGGCCGCGUGCCUCCCCCCGCACCCGCGCCCAGCACCGAGGGGCUGCCGCGCGCCUUCCUGCAGAGCCUGCGCACCCUGUUCGACAUCCUGGACGACCGGCGGCGCGGCUGCGUGCACCUGCGCGAGAUCGAGUCCCGCUGGCAGGGCACCGACGCGCGGGAGCUGCCUCGCGGGGUGCUGGAGGGCUUGCGCCAGGUGGCCCCGGCCAGCGGCUACCUGACCUUCGAGCGCUUCGUGGCCGGCCUCCGCACCUCCCUGCUGAGCGCCGACGGCGGCCCCCGGGACCACACGCGCGCCCCGGCCCGGCCCGGGGACCAGCCGCCGCCGCCGCCGCCGCAGCGCCUGGUGUUCGCGCCGGCCGACGAGCCGCGGACGGUCCUGGAGAGGAAGCCCCUGCCCCUGGGCGUGCGCGCCCCUCUGGCCGGUCCCAGCGGCGCCGCCCGCAGCCCGGAGCAGUUGUGCGCCCCGGCCGAGGCGGCGCCCUGCCCCGCGGAGCCCGAGCGGUCCCAGAGCGCGGCGCUGGAACCGAGCUCCAGCGCGGACGCAGGUGCAGUGGCCUGCAGGGCCCUGGAGGCGGACUCAGGGGAUGCCCGGCGGGCCCCCCGUGCCCGAGGGGAACGUCGGAGGCACACCAUCACCAGCGGCGUGGACUGCGGCCUGGUGUCCUCAGAAGCGUGCGUCGUGCCUGUGUUUGCAAACGUGUACACGUGCUGCUGCAUUUGUGCCUGUGGCUCUGGUGCCCACCCACAGCUGAAGCAGAUGAAGGAGCUGGAGCAGGAGAAGGAGGUGCUGCUCCAGGGUUUGGAGAUGAUGGCGCGGGGCCGCGACUGGUACCAGCAGCAGCUGCAACGAGUGCAGGAGCGCCAGCGCCGCCUGGGCCAGAGCAGAGCCAGCGCCGACUUUGGGGCUGCAGGGAGCCCCCGCCCACUGGGGCGGCUACUGCCCAAGGUACAGGAGGUGGCCCGGUGCCUGGGGGAGCUGCUGGCUGCGGCCUGUGCCAGCCGGGCCCUGCCCCCGUCCUCCUCCGGGCCCCCCUGCCCUGCCCUGACGUCCACCUCACCCCCGGGCUGGCAGCAGCAGACCAUCCUCAUGCUGAAGGAGCAGAACCGACUCCUCACCCAGGAGGUGACCGAGAAGAGUGAACGCAUCACGCAGCUGGAGCAGGAGAAGUCGGCGCUCAUUAAACAGCUGUUUGAGGCCCGCGCCCUGAACCAGCAGGACGGGGGACCUCUGGAUUCCACUUUUAUCUAGUCCUCGUGGGCCACGCGGGCCCCCAGGGCCGGCCUGGCACUCAGCCCUUCGAGGGUGGGCGCCCCAUCGCACCCACCCUCUCUGGCUGGAGACCCCCGGCAGGCCCUGGCACAGUCCCGGAGUGGGCCCCAGGCCUGUCCCCGGCUGGCCCCUGCACCAAGCGCUUGACUCCGUUUUGGCACCUGGUGCUGACAUGGGCUGGGGAUCUCUUGAGUCCGCAUAGUCCGCAGCUACUACUGCCGCUGUGAGUGGACAGUGCGGUACCCCUCCACGAGUUACCGUCCCCCCGUUUCCAGCGGUGCUGCCCUGGGUCCCAUCUUCAGGGAAAGGCACUGCCCAUGCCAGGCUGCACUUCCGACAACGGCCAGCAGAGGGCGCGGGGCGACUCCGACGCGGGUCCAAGGGCAGCGACCCCGCUCAACCAGGGCACCAGGACAAGGUGGCUGUAGCUCGGACGGAAGCAGAUGGAGGGGGUGGGGAUGGCCUGUAAGCGGGGGGGUGCCCGCCUGGCAGGGGAGCCCCAGGGAUAGCGGUCGGACUUCAGGUCCUGGCCAAGGCUGAGGGACUGGCUGCAGCGGAUCGGCACGCCGGGUGGGCGAGAGCUUGGCCUGCAUGUGCCCUACAGACCUGCAGUGACCGCCUUCCUCCUCCUGGCCGGGACACUGCCCCACGUUGAGUCCCACACAACAACCUGUGAGCCUGGCUCCCCGGGAGGGCCCCCAGACAGCUCCCAGGCACGUCAGAGGCAAAGCCUGUCCCCCCACUCAGGAUUCCCAAGGUCUAGGGUCCUGCUUACCCCCCUUUCCUCUCACGCCCAGCCUGACCCCAAGUUUCAGCUGGGAGAGGCCACUUCCCUCAGCCAAGGAAAAUGAGAACCCCCAGGGUACAGGAGGAGGCCGGGGCAGCUCCCCUUGGGUGUUGCUCCCUCACCCUCUGCCCAGGCCCACUCCCGCUGGUGCUGGAGUACGCACUGGUGGGGGGACCCUGCUCAGCCCAGCCUGGAGGGUCCCAGCGUCACCAGAACCAGGGGCACGGCAACGUCAUCGAUGGGUUCUGCAGCCCAGGGUCCCCGAUGCGGGGUCAGUGUGUGUGGGGCGCAGGGUCCCCGAUGCGGGGUCAGCGUGUGUGGGGCACAGGGUCCCGGUGCAGGGUGUGUGUGGGGUGCAGGGUCCCCGAUGCGGGGUCAGCGUGUGUGUGGGGCGCAGGGUCCCCGAUGCGGGGUCAGCGUGUGUGUGGGGCGCAGGGUCCCCGAUGCGGGGUCAGCGUGUGUGUGGGGCACAGGGUCCCCGAUGCGGGGUCAGCGUGUGUGUGGCGCAGGGACCCCCUGUGUCCAGGGCACUUUGGUACACUGUCCCACAAGGCACCUGUCUCAGAGGAGGGGUCCUGGCAGGCAGUGUGGCAACUCCCUUCCGGAACCCGGCUCCAUGCUAACCUGCCCACAGCAACCCCACAGAGCCACAUCCCCUGCUGCACCUGGCCUGCAGGGGUGUCCUAGGACAGGCCCAAGUCAGCCCAGCAUGCAGCUGCCCUCCUAUCCUGAGGAUGGGAGUGGGCUUUCCAGGGGACAUAAGGACGCCAGUCCUGGACCUCCUGGGCAGGAAAGGGAGCAGGUCCUGAGGGUCUGUGCCCCACAGCCCCAGCACCAGGUGGACUGCAGCGCAGCGGGUGGGCCAGUGGCCGCCAGGGAAAGCCCCCCAUCAGCAGGCUGGGGUCUGCCCACUGGGGCCUCCCCAUGUCUGCCUUUGAGGGUGCCUGCCAUGCCCUGGGGGAUCCUGGCAUCUUUACUGGACUGGAAGCAGGAGACAGAAGUGUCUGUCCCGGGGUGACUUCAUCAGGAGACCGCUCACGUAGAGCUGGACCCUACAGCUGAAGCGGAAAUGCGAGACAGGCCGGCACCUCCGGAAAAACUGCCUUUCAGCCUUGGUGUUCCGUGCAAGGUGCAAGACAAUAGGUCCUCCAAGUUUACAGCUUGAAAUCAGACUAGUGUGUGGCCCUGGAGACCACGAGCGGAGAAUUUAAAGUGGCCCCGGCUGGCAGGGUCGGUGGCUGGCAGAGGCACAUGCAGACUCUGCCUAGAGCCCGCCCUAGGGACGCUGGGUGGGUCAGUCUCCAUGCAGGAUGUGAGCAGCGUCCCUGGGCUCUAUCCGCGAGGUGCCAGUAGCGUGUGCAGGUACAUACACGUGCAUGCACACUGUUAUGACACCCGGAAACGUCUCAGGACGUCGAAAUGUGUCCUUGGGGGCAGAAGUGUCCCCGGUUGAGAGUCUGCCCCAGAGGACACAACCACACCAGGCCUCAGGAUUUUGUGUUGAUCAAGUUCCAAGGAAAAGGAACAUCUCGGCCGGGUGUGGUGGCUCACGCCUGGAAUCCUAGCACUUGAGGCCAGGAGUUCGAGACCAGCCUGGGCAAUGCAGUGAGAAACCCCAUCUCUACAAAAAAAAAGAAAAAGCCGGGCGCGGUGGCUCAUGCCUGUAAUCCCAGCACUUUGGGAGGCUGAGGCGGGUGGAUCACGAGGUCAGGAGAUCGAGACCAUCCUGGCUAACAUGGUGAAGCCCCGUCUCUACUAAAUGUACAAAAAGUUAGCCAGGCGUGGUGGUGGGGGCCUGUAGUCCCAGCUACUUGGGAGGCUGAGGCAGGAGAAUGGUGUGAACCCGGGAGACGGAGCUUGCAGUGAGCAGAGAUCGCGCCACUGCACUCCAGCCUGGGUGACAGAGCGAGACUCCAUCUCAAAAAAAAAAAAAAAGAAACAAAAGAAAAUGAGAUCUCCAGGUUUAAAAAUUCAUGAACACCACAAGGAAACAAUACACUAUGAGACCCAGCAGAAGCAACAGAUUGACUCUGUAGACCCAGAUACUAGAAUUAUCAGAGAGAAUAUAAAGUAACAGUGUUUUAUAUAUCUAAAGAAAUAAAAGAGAUUUCUGGAAAUAUGAACAA